AUGUCCGUGCUCACAGCCAGUGAAGGUUUUGGUCUCGGGCCAAUGAUUGAAGGCCUCAUUAAAAGAUACAGAGUGGCUGGGGUGGCUCCUCCCGAGAUACUGUAUGUUGACCGAGACUGCUGUGGCAACACUCUUCUGAGAAGAAUGUUUGAAGAGUGGGAGCAAAUGAUCAUCCGUUUGGAUGUAUGGCACUUCAUGCGGAGGUUUGCUGUGGGUUGCACCACUGACUCUCAUCAGUUGUAUGCCACAUUUAUGAGUCGCCUCAGCCACUGUAUUUUCAUGUGGGACCAGGUUGACCUGACGGCCCUGAAGAAGGCAAAGCAUGCAGAGCUAGAAGCUAACUGGAAACCUACAUCCGAGGCUGAUGUGCUGCGCAGUAUCAGCCGUAAUGAGCUAGCCCUACAUUGCAGGAGAACCACUCGCGGGACCAAGGACACCCUGGCGCUGAUUGAGAGCCAUAUUCAGGCCUUUGAUGGAGAUGCUGGUCGUGACACUAUGGGAGUCCCACUAAUAAACUCAGCCCGGAUGAGAGAGAUAUUGAAGUCCCAGCGGAAGCAUGUGGCCUGCAUCCAGGAUCCUGUUGGUGUGCAGCUCUACAUGCAGACGGGCACUGUAGUGAAGGGAGGGCACCGUCUGCCAACCUACCGCUGUGCCAGAGGUUCCACUUCGCUUGAGUCAUUUCACCUGCACCUUAACAGAUUCAUCCCAGGUACGCUGGCGAGUGACACCUUCUUCCAGGCGUAUCUUUCGGAUGGACUUGCAAGGUGGAAUGAGGACCGGGCUGUGGCAGCAACAACUGAUGAGCAGCAGCCCCAUUCCUACAAUCAUCUUCUGCGUCAUGCUGUCAAUACUCUUGCAGAGGAGGUUAUGGGCAAGAAAAUCAUCCCUUAUGUUGGGCCAAGAAAGUACACUGGUGAGCUUAUUGGAGUGGAAUACCUUUACCAGCAAACUGGUAAAGUUCUGCAGGACUACAAGUUGGCCAUUGAAGAGUCCGAGACCACUGAGGUUGGUAUAGAAGUGGAUGAAGGUUAUGCUGAACUUGAGGAGUUUCAGGACAUCACUGUCCCCACCUUUGACACAGAACGGACACCUGUUGCCUCUUCACAAGCAUCAGUGUCUGCAGCAUCAUCUCCAACCCCUCCUGUCACCAGCUCCAUUUCAUCAUUGUCUGUGGUUCCUCCAUCACCAGUGACAUCUCCUGUCACCAGCUCCAUUUCAUCAUUGUCUGUGGUUCCUCCAUCACCAGUGACAUCUCCUGUCACCAGCUCCAUUUCAUCAUUGUCUGUGGUUCCUCCAUCACCAGUGACAUCUGUCACCUGCUCCAUUUCAUCAUCGUCUGUGGUCCCUCCGUCUCCUGUCACCAGCCCACUGCACAGUCAUUCAAAGCCAGGACUCUUUCCUGGAGCACAUAGCUGUGAGUUUACCAAAGUAUCUAUAUAG